AUGCGUGUCGGAAACAGUGUUUGGGCCUCAGCCCUCUUGGCUCUCAGCACUCCGAUCCUGGCUUGUGAAAGCUGUGAGCACCCAGAGCAAGAUGUGGUCAUGACAAGACAUGUACGACGCAUGCAACCAGAUGCCCAAAACACUACUGUCGAACCUCGCGGCCCAUUAGCAUGGGGUCAGCUCAAUGUACUGCACACCACCGAUACCCACGGCUGGCUCGAGGGUCACAUCAGAGAACAAAACUACGGUGCAGACUGGGGUGAUUAUGUCUCUUUCGUCAAGCACAUGAGACAGAAGGCAAGGGAUCUAGACGUCGAUCUUCUGGUGGUAGACACUGGUGAUCUUCACGAUGGUGCAGGUCUCAGCGAUGCCACUGGAGUCGCUACCUACGGAGGUGUCAACGGACAAUUGUCGAACCCAAUUUUCGAGCAAUUGGACUACGAUCUUCUCACUAUUGGAAACCACGAGCUCUAUGUCUCUGCCAUCGCCUAUGAGACCUUCAACCAGUUUGCCAAAUCAUAUGGUGAGAAAUACUUGACUAGCAAUGUCCAAAUCAGAAACCCAAGCACCGGCGAGCUCGAGUACAUUGGCAAGAAGUACAGAUACUUCAAGACCGAGAAAGGCCUUAGAAUUAUGGCCUUCGGUGUCCUGUUCGACUUCACCGGUGACUCCAAUGCUUCGGUCGUUACCAAAGCCGCCGAUAUGGUCAAGGAGUCUUGGUUCAUUGACGCUGUCAACCACAAGAACGUCGAUGCCUUUGUCUUGAUCGGUCACAAUCCCGUCGGCCUCAAGAGCAGCACUAACACUCUGCAAACUGUCUACAAGGCCAUCCGUGCCAUCAAACCCGACACACCUAUUCAGAUGUUCGGUGGCCACACUCACAUCCGUGACUUUGCAGUCUAUGACGAUAAGUCUGUUGGACUCGAAAGUGGAAGAUAUUGUGAGACACUGGGCUGGCUGGCCGUGAGCGGCAUCAACCCACACUGCAAGGCCAAUCCCAAGGGAGUACCUAACCCAACGACGAAGGCGCAGAAGAACGGCACGGCUUCAGCUUCUGCUAGCGUUGCUUCUUCUACCAAUGCUUCAAACCUGAGAUUCUUCCGCCGCUACCUGGAUUGGAACCGCAUGACCUUCGAGUACCAUGCUCAAGGCAGCCAGGCUAAAGCAUUUGAUACUACCAAAGGCCUUGCCGUGUCCAAGAACAUCACCGCCACUCGCAAGGAGUUGAACUUGACUAGCAUCUACGGCUGCGCUCCUCAAACUUGGUGUCUCUCUUGUGCACCUUUCAAGUCUGAAGGCUCCAUCUACUCUCUUCUCGACACGGCACUUUCGGCUACCAUUGUCACUAAGGAACGUGCCGAAAAGCCUCGUCUCAUUGUUACCAACACCGGUCACAUCAGAUUUGAUCUAGCCGAGGGAACCUUCGAUUAUGAUUCGAGCUUCAUCGUCUCACCCUUCACCGACGCUUUCCAAUACCUUCCUGACGUUCCUUAUCACCUCGCUAGCCAAGUGCUCGAAGGUCUUGAGAACGGUAACUACCCAUCUAAGCGUGAUCUGUCCUCUGCAGACUUUGGCUUUACUCAAAUAAACCCUUCGCUCGACAGCUGCAUCGAUCCUCCUGUGACCCACGAUCACCUCAUUACCAAACGCUCCUACCCAGGUGGCCGCAUCAUCAGACGCCAGACGACCACAACCCCUGGCUAUACCACCACUGAUGAUUUCGGUACUGACGGAGACGACACCAUCCACUCAAAGAUCCCUUACUACUCAUACCCCAACUUCUUCCAGGCUAACGGCAGCCUUCCCGUCAAUGGAACCCUGGCCGCUGAUGACACAGUCGAUCUGAUCUUCCUGGACUAUAUCGCUGGCAGUGUUGUCAAGGUGCUGAACUCACUGGGUGGAAACUAUACUAACAGCGAAGUCACUUACUAUUUGCCCAAGAACUUCACAACCAACUCAUACUUGCCCAAGUACGCACAGAUGAGUCCUGAAUGGCAGGCCAAUGUUCCAAACUGCCCUGUUGGUCUGGGCAUUGGUUACAACAUCACCUCGUAA